AGUCCUCCCCAUGUCGAAAUCAGUUCUCCGUUCCUGGGACCUGGUAGUGCUGCACUGUUUACAGCAGAGGAAGAGGGAUGCUGUACACGAACUGAGUCACAUAGAACAAUUUUUCUUACAAAGAUGUCUGCAGAUUUCGACAUAGAGGAGGACUUAUGGUUUUUCUGUCUGCAUUCGCGUCAACACAGCACGCAUGUGUCGUGGUUCUUUCGUGAACGCAUGUCGGAGAUCGAUGCAGAAGUGAAGAUAUUUUGCAGAUAAAGACUUCAUUUUUGUUUUUGAUGCACACAAAAUGCACACAUAAAAUUGGGAUUAAACCACUGGAGUCAUGGAUUACUUUUAUGAUGCCUCCAUGAACUUUUUUUUGGUUACUUGGACUGUAAAUGGAGGGACAGAAAUCUCCCAGGUUUCAUUAAAAAAUAUCUUCAGUUGUCUUCUGAAGAUGAACGAAAGUCUUGCAGGUUUGGAACGACAUGAGGGUGUGAGGCUGUAAGUCCCCAUUGAGGCAGCUUUCUCUGGUCAUGUUGUUUGCCAGUGGUGAGAGCAGAACUUGAGGGAAGACAGACAGAGAGAGAGCACGAGGGCUGCUUUUGUCAUCAUGGCACACCACCAUUCGCGAGGUCAUCAAGGCCGUGCUGCUAGUAUGGAAGAGAGGAGUGCCACGCCUGUCCAUAAGAGCUCCACCCCUACACACAAGAGUGCCUCCUCUUCCUCCUCCUCGCAGAGAGACAGCAGACAGGAGGCAGACAGCUGGGAGAUCAUCGAGGGAUUGAAGAUUGGCCAGACGAAUGUCCAGAGACCUGAUAAACAUGAGGGUUUUAUGCUGAAGAAGAGGAAAUGGCCAUUGAAGGGCUGGCACAAGAGAUUCUUUGUUCUGGAUAAUGGAAUCUUGAAGUACUCCAAGUCCCCCAUAGAUAUUCAGAAAGGAAAGCUGCAUGGCAGUAUAGAUGUCGGCCUGUCGGUCAUGUCCAUAAAGAAGAGAGCCCGACGCAUAGACCUGGAUACAGAGGAGCACAUUUACCAUCUCAAGGUGAAGUCUCCGGAUGUGUUUGAUGCCUGGGUGUGUAAGCUGCGUCACCAUCGUCUGUACAGACAGAAUGAGAUUGUGCGUUCUCCUCGUGAUGCCAGCUUACGUACCUUCCCUCCUCCUGCCAACAUAGACUCACCCCAGACAACCCCUGCUUCUGCUCACGAACCGAAGCAGCAGGCAAAGCCCAACUCUCUGCCCUGGCAGCCAUCUGUGCCCUGCACCACCAGCCUGCCACCGUCCUACAGCAAUGGUCAGAGCAAAGUGGUAGCAUGGCUACAGGAGUCAGAGGAGAUGGACAAGUGUGCUGAGGAGCUUGCCCAUUGUCAGUCCAGUUUGAUGGAGCUGAGUCGGUUGCUGCAAAAUUUGGAGAUCUUACAGAGAACACAGUCAGCACCGAGCUUCACAGAUAUGCAGAGUAAUUGUGUAGAUUUAUCAAAGAAAGACAAGCGAGUCAGCAGAAGAUGGAGAACAAAAAGUGUCAGCAAAGAUACAAAAGUGCAACUGCAGGUACCUCUGAGCACAAGUAUGUCACCAAUGCGUCUUCAUGCCUCAAACCCGAAUCUAUGCGCAGAGCUAGUUGAUUACCAAACCCCAGUCACCCGUCUGACUGAUGGCAUCGAGUGUGCCAGUGAUUACAUCAAACUGCAAGAGGACUUCUGCGUCAUUGCUCAGAAAGUGCACUCACUGCUGAAGUCUGCUUUCAACACUGUUGCCAUUGAGAAGGAGAAGAUCAAGCAGGUGCUGUCAGAGCAGGAGCUGUCGAGCCAGUCGGCUCAGAUCAUGACCUUAAGACACUCUCUAUCACAGGCCCUGUCCCAGAACGCAGAGCUGAAGACUCGACUGAAUCGUAUCCACUCAGAGUCUGUGCUGUCAGAGCAGGUGGUCAGUGUUAACAUCAUCAGCAGUCCUGAUGAGGCAAGUGAACAGCUCCAUGAUGGGAUACCUCUCACUCAGCAGGCCUCCAACGAGAGCAGACUCUCCAUGUCAGAAUCCGUCUCUGAGUUCUUUGACGCUCAGGAAGUGCUGCUUUCAGCCAGUUCAUCUGAGAACGAGGGCUCUGAUGAUGAGUCUUACGUCAGUGAUGUGAGCGAUAACAUUUCAGAGGACAAUGCCAGCGUAACAGAUAACAUUUCCAGACAAAUGCCGAAUGGAGAUGUGGCCGGGGGCGUGUUUCGAAACGGGAGGCGUACAUGUCUGCCUGCUCCAUCUCCUGAUGCCACCAAUAUUAACCUGUGGAAUAUCCUGAGGAACAACAUCGGUAAAGACCUGUCUAAGGUGGCCAUGCCUGUGGAGCUGAAUGAGCCUCUUAACACUCUCCAGCACAUGUGUGAGGAGCUGGAGUACACCGAGCUGCUGGACAAAGCAGCCGAGACUGAUGAUCUCUACGAACGCAUGGCGCUGGUAGCUGCGUUUGCUGUCUCAGCGUACUCCUCCACAUACUACCGCGCAGGCAGCAAGCCCUUUAACCCCAUACUGGGAGAGACGUACGAAUGUAUCCGAGAAGACAAGGGCUUCUGCUUCUUCUCUGAACAGGUGAGCCACCACCCCCCAGUCUCUGCCUGCCACUGUGAGUCCAAAAACUUCACCUUCUGGCAAGAUGUCAGAUGGAAGAAUAAGUUCUGGGGGAAGUCUAUGGAAAUCCUCCCCAUUGGCAUCGUAAAUGUCAUGCUUCCCAGCUAUGGUGAUCAUUAUGAAUGGAAUAAAGUGACCACAUGUGUGCACAACAUUCUGAGUGGUAGAAGGUGGAUCGAGCACUAUGGAGAGAUCACAAUCCGAAACACCAAGAGUAGUGCCUGCAUCUGCAAACUCACCUUCAUCAAGGGUAACUACUGGAGCUCCAAUGUGAAUGAGGUGCAGGGCUUUGUGAUGGACCAGGAGGGGAAGGUGGUCCACAGGCUCUUUGGGAAAUGGCAUGAAGGUCUUUACUGUGGUGUACCACCCUCUGCUAGGUGUAUCUGGAGACCAGGCUCGAUGCCUACAGACUAUGAGCUCUACUACGGCUUUACCAGGUUUGCUAUUGAGCUGAAUGAGCUUUGUCCGGAGAUGAGGGAGUUGCUGCCACCUACAGAUGCUCGUUUCCGACCAGACCAGAGGUAUCUGGAGGAGGGGAAGCUGGAGUUAGCUGCAGCUGAGAAACAGAGGAUUGAGGAGCUUCAGCGGGCGAGGAGGAAGUGGCACGAAGAAAGCAACACCAAACAUCAGCCACGCUUUUUUAAAAAAAUUGUAGACUCGAACCAGAGAGAGAAGUGGGUGUCCAAUAACACAUACUGGGAGCUGCGUAAGGAUCCUGGCUUCCUCAAGCUGGAAAACCUUCAACUGUGGUAGCAUCUAAAUGCUUGUACGAAACAUAUCACCAUAGCUACAGACUCCAGAAGCUUUACCUAUGCACAGUACGGCUUACGUUGAAGCGCAGCGGCACGGGACUAUACUGACGGCUUUCACGUGGCUCCCGAGGGAUGGAUGAGGACAGACUCUGCACACGCUGCCCCACCGCUCCCUAUCCAGAGUCUCUCUCACUGUAGUAACAUACAGAGACAGGGUCGUUGUCACAGCAACCGUCCGGGAGUUGUAGAUCUGUCCUGUUGAAGCCCGUCAGGCUUCCCGUUUACGCCCUUGCCUUAACAAGCCGCUUCUUAAUAACCCAGUUUUAUGCUUUUAGUGAAAUCAGUUUGAUUUCUUCAAGUUUAGACCGGCAGUGUGAAUUUUAUCUCUCGGUUACAUAGACAAUAUCUACAGAAUAUCCUGCAUGUUUAGAUGGCAGCUUUCAUUGGCAUCUGCUACACCGACUUGUUGACAUAUCAUUUGUAGUUUUGAAACGUAACCGUAUUUUUGUAAGCUGUCAGAGCUGAGAACCUCAUUGCCAGCGCAGGGACUGUAGGUUUGUCCCGACAGUGGGACACAUAUAGACCAGCCAGUUGUUUUCUUUUCAUUCAGCACCAUCUGCUUCUUUCAACUGUUUAGCGGCUAUGACGUGGAAUUGCCUAAGAGACAUAGGUACCGUUUUGAAUCACAUUUUGUCAAGUUUGAUUGUAAAUGUAGUUGCGUAUACUUUUGAAAAUACCCUCAGAGCAUUCUGAUCCUACUGAGAAUCUGCCAUCUAAAUGCGUUUAAAGACCCUAAAAACAUGGCGUCUCUGUGCCGUAACCCUGUCAGUGUCCAUGAUUAUAGCAUCUCUUACAGUAGAUCCAGACAGAAGACAUUUACCAGGUUGUGUAUACUUUACACACUGAUCACCUAAGAUUGCCCAUCAUUCCCCAGGCAUGUAUUUUUAGCAUAUCCUCUUAAGAAAAGCUCAUGUGGCUAUUUUAGGAUUUAAUUGUUUAGUUUUUAAAGGAUUAAAUUAAGGAUUAAACCCUUAAAGGGUUUUAAAGGUUUCAUUUUGUUAAAUUGUAAGAAUAUAAGUGGAAUGUAAAUGUAAACUGUUCUUCCAUUUGCUGUGUGUGUGCCAGGUUCAGGACAUCCGCGCUCUCUCAGUAACAGCUGAUCUAUUACUACAUCAGUGACACCUAGUGGCAACCCUUAAAAUGAGAUUUUGUUUGUUUGUUUGUUUUUUUAAGAAUAUAGAUUUAAGGUUUUGAACUUUUAUGUCUCAAUCAAUGCAGUCAAAUUAGAAAAGAUGUUACUAAAUCUCUAUUCUAACUCUUAUUACACCAUAAUAAACCUCAAACAUUUGUUUAGAAAGCCUGCUUAAGCUAACGGCUUAUUAACGCUUUCAUGUUGUGGGCAGUGUUGAGAAUCAGUUUCUUUUUCCAACCAAAGACAAGUUUUUAUAUUUAUUUAAUGCAAAUUUCCCAGUUUCCAAUUUAUUUUGUUGAGUGAAUGUUUCUAUUUGUCCUACAAGACCUGCACCCAUGAAACAAAAUUGCACGUUUUGCUCCAGUGAUUUCAACAUUGCUUUGAAUAUUAUUUUUCAAUUUGCGGUUUUUGACACAUUGAUCACAAAACAUAUUUUCCUUUAAGAAAUUGUUGCAUUGUUUAUGCAUAGUUCAUUGGAUCAUACUGGAUUGUGCCCAGUAUGUUGAGUGCAAUGAAUUUACAAGCUGUUCUUUCUGUUAAACAGGAGUCACGGGCGACAAGGUCAUGUGUUCAUUUGAACUAGUUAUAGAGAUUAUAGGCAGAAAAGAAAAAUCCUCUCUUUAUAAUAUCAUGUCACUAGAUUACCAAAACUAUAAUGGUAGUUCAAAAACAUGUGUAAAAUGUAGAGUUACCUAUCUGUAAACAGACGUUCUCUCACUAACAGAAUCAUGUAUCAGUGCAUCAGUCCCACUUGCUGUGCCUUACUGCAUCUAUAUAAUACUAACACAGUACUGCACUAUAGUUAUAAUGAGUGUUAAGUACUGAACACACACUGUAUACCCGAUACCAGUGCACCUUCUCCCUGAACUAACUCUGCUGUCUAGAACAGCAGUCAACAUUUCUGCAUAAUAUGUAACUCUGCAUCCUUAAUCCUGAUUUAAAAACAAACAGGCAUCAGUCUUUUACAUGGCUGCUGUAUCAAAGCAAAGGCAAACCUGAUACAUUUUUAUGUGCAAUAUAUAUGCAAACAGUGCACCACUUGUGGUUUUACUGAAUUUGUCAGGCAAGCUGAGGGACAUAUUCACUGUAGCGUACAGUGCAGUUAAAUGUUAUUGUUUGGUUUCUCUCUCGCUCGUAGUCACCAGCAUGAGGGACUGGAUAUUUCAACCAUCUUUUAAUUUUAAUAACUGAAACAUUGAGUCAAUUAAUAAAUAAUCCCAGGUACAAACAUUUCAAUCUGAUAUUCUAGUCAAGUGUACAUGUAUGUAAAGAGAAGGAACAUCAGCACAACAGAAAAAGAUACUGGAUAUCUGAGACAAUUUAUCAUCGUUUUCUACCUGCAUGUGUACGUGGCAUAGCCUGCCAAUCGACGAUGCUGAUGCCUUAUAAAGAUGUUUUGUUUCAGUAGCAGUUUUUGUUUUACAGAUAGAUUUAUUAAUUGAUUUUCAUUAUAUCCAGUCUAGCAGACUCUACACUACUGUAAGUGGUGUGUUCUGGCUGAAUAAAUCCAUUUUACAACGGG